UCUCCCUCCAUUUCCGUCGCCGACUAUUUCUCCCCGCCAUUUCUUUGCCCCGAAAAACAAGCAAAAACCCCAAAGCUCCUCAGCCUCUCUGGUUCCACCAUGGCCUCCCACCAUCCCCCACCAACCCUCUCGCUUCUUCUCCCACUCUCCCUCCUCUCACCGCAUUCCCCAUCCCUCUCUCUGCAUUCACCGAAUCGCCUCCCUCAAUCGGUCGCAGCCUCCAAUCGGGCCGCUACGUUGCAACCAGCCAGUCGGUUUCUCUGUUUGGAGGGUGAAGGCGGUCGAUAUGAGCAGAGAGCAUCUCCAAAUUCUCUCUGUUAGGGCUCUCUCUGUGCUCGUGUUUUCCAGCUUCUUCUCCAGCUCGCCUUUGCCCCGUGCGGCGGGGCAGGAUUCCGAAGGCGGCGGUGGAGGAUAUGAUCUCGCCACCCAGCUCAUCUUGAGUCGCUACUCCAAUCUCACCCCUGUCUUCCGUGAUGAACUCUUGAAAAAGUUUGGCUUCUGCAUUAUCGACGUAGACGAGGAUUUGAAUGGGGCUUUCAAUUUCUCAAAAGAUUCAAGGUUCGUAACCAACUGCGCUAAAAAAAUGGCAGGUGGAACAAUUGGGGAGGUUAUGGGUCGAUUGUGCACAGCCGCAGAAAUGAGGAUGUACGCUGAAGGUUUAUUUCAAACCCAGAAGACCACCUACUUGAAACCCAACAAGAACUGUAAUCUGACUGUAUGGAUUUCUGGAUGUGAGCCUGGGUGGGCUUGUGCUUCUGCUGAGCAAGUUGACCUGGAAAAUCGAACGUAUGUGCCUGUCAGAACUGAUGAGUGUCAACCUUGUUGUGAGGGUUUCUUCUGCCCGCAUGGUCUUACUUGCAUGCUCCCUUGCCCAAUGGGUGCUUACUGCCCACUUGCGAAACUGAACAAUGGAUCUGGUAUAUGUGAACCAUACAGCUAUCAGAUACCUCCUGGGAAGCGAAACCAUACCUGUGGAGGAGCAGAUAAGUGGGCUGAUGUCCUUAGUAGUAAAGAGGUAUUCUGUACGGGUGGAUCAUAUUGUCCGUCUACCAUCCAAAAAAUCCCUUGCAGUAGUGGAUACUUUUGCAGGAAAGGUUCCACAACUCAGGAAGAAUGUUUCCGGAUGGCAACUUGUAAGUCGCAAUCAGAAAAUCAAAAUAUUACUGCAUAUGGUAUCAUGAUUUUUGCUGGAUUAAUUUUCAUCCUUCUCAUUAUAUAUAAUUGUUCUGACCAAGUUCUCGCCACUCGAGAAAAAAGACAAGCGGAAUCCAGGGAAAAAGCAGUCCAAAGUGUUAGAGAAAAUGCACAAGCACGUGAAAAAUGGAAAUCUGCGAAAGACAUUGCCAAGAAGCAUGCAGUUGGAUUGUCAACACAGUUUUCACGUACAUUUUCUCGCAGAAAAUCUACCAAGUCAGACCCGCUGAAAGGAUUCAGACAGGCUAAACCUGGAUCAGAUGGUGCCUUGCCACCUAUGCCAACCGGGAUAGGUGAGCAAUCAGCUGGAACAUCUAAAGGAAAGAUGAAGGAAAAAAUCAACCUCACACAAAUGAUAAAUGCAAUCGAGGAAGACCCAAAUAGUCAUGAAGGCUUCAAUCUAGAAAUAGGAGAUAAAAACAUUAAAAAGCAAGCACCGAAAGCACCGAAAGGUAAGCAGUUGCAUACUCAGAGUCAAAUUUUCAAGUAUGCAUAUGGCCAAAUUGAGAAGGAAAAGGCGUUACAGGAGCAGAAUGCAAACUUAACCUUCUCUGGGGUCAUACAAAUGGCCAGUGAUAUUGAAAUCAGCAAGAGACCUCCAAUUGAGGUUGCUUUUAAAGAUCUAACUCUCACGUUGAAAGGGGAAAAUAAACAUCUUAUGAGGUGUGUGACUGGGAAAAUAUCGCCUGGCCGGGUUUCAGCUGUCAUGGGUCCAUCCGGGGCUGGAAAAACAACAUUUCUGUCUGCCUUGGUUGGAAAAGUGAGGGGGUGCACAAUGACUGGUAUGAUACUUGUAAAUGGAAAGAUGGAAUCUAUCCAUUGUUACAAGAAAAUCAUUGGCUUUGUGCCACAAGAUGAUAUUGUGCAUGGAAAUUUGACAGUUGAAGAGAAUCUCUGGUUUAGCGCAAGAUGCAGACUUUCUGCUGAUCUGCUUAAACCAGAAAAGGUCUUAGUCGUUGAAAGAGUUAUUGAAUCCUUGGGCCUGCAGGCAGUGCGGGAUUCCCUGGUUGGGACGGUGGAGAAGCGAGGUAUCUCUGGAGGUCAAAGAAAGCGAGUAAAUGUUGGGCUAGAAAUGGUCAUGGAACCAUCACUUCUAAUUUUAGAUGAACCUACAUCUGGUUUGGAUAGUUCGUCUUCUAAUUUAUUACUGAAAGCUCUUCGACGUGAGGCUCUUGAAGGAGUUAACAUUUGCAUGGUUGUCCACCAACCUAGCUAUACCUUGUUCAAGAUGUUUGAUGAUUUGAUCCUUCUGGCUAAAGGGGGACUUACGGUGUAUCAUGGAUCAGUGAAGAAAGUUGAAGAGUACUUUGCUAGUCUUGGGAUUACCGUCCCUGAGCGUGUCAACCCUCCAGACUAUUUCAUUGAUAUUUUGGAAGGCAUAGUAAAACCAAAUACAACCACAGGGGUGACCUAUAAGCAACUACCUGUUAGAUGGAUGCUUCAUAAUGGGUACCCAGUUCCUAUGGAUAUGCUUCAGAGUGUUGAUGGGAUGGCUGCAUCUGCCGGUGAAAGUUCAGCUCAUGGAGGAAGUACUCCAAAUGCUGGAUCUGAGGGACAGUCCUUUUCUGGAGACUUUUGGCAGGAUGUUAAGUGUCAUGUUGAGGUGAAUAAGGACGCUAUACAACAUAAUUUUUUAAAGUCAAACGACUUAUCUGAACGGACUACCCCUGGCGUGUUCCAGCAAUAUAGAUACUUCCUUGGAAGGGGAGGUAAGCAGCGGUUACGAGAAGCUAGAACACAAGCUGUAGAUUUUCUUAUUUUAUUGCUAGCUGGAAUCUGCUUAGGAACACUUGCUAAAGUGAGCGAUGAAACCUUUGGUGCACUCGGUUAUACAUACACAGUCAUAGCAGUUUCUCUCCUGUGCAAGAUUGCUGCUUUGAGAACGUUUGGACUGGAUAAGUUGCACUACUGGAGGGAGAGCUCUUCUGGCAUGAGUAGCUUGGCGUACUUUCUUUCAAAGGAUACAGUUGACCAUUUCAAUACAAUCAUUAAGCCUCUUGUGUAUCUUUCUAUGUUCUAUUUCUUCAACAAUCCAAGAUCAUCUAUCAUAGAUAAUUACAUUGUUUUGAUUUGUCUGGUAUACUGUGUUACCGGUAUAGCUUAUGCGUUGUCCAUCUACCUGGCACCUGGUCCAGCCCAACUGUGGUCAGUACUUCUUCCAGUCGUUUUGACUCUGAUCGCAAACUACAACGAGAACAAAUUUGUUUCAAGAAUAGCUGAUUUGUGCUACACUAAGUGGGCUUUGGAAGCUUUUGUCAUAUCAAAUGCCAAAAGGUACUCUGGAGUGUGGCUAAUAACGCGAUGCGGUUCACUUAUGAAAAAUGGUUAUGAUCUCAAUCAUUGGAACCGUAGUAUAAUCUUCCUCGUCAUCACCGGUAUUGUUUUUCGAGGGAUUGCAUACUUUUUAAUGGUGCUCUUGCAAAAGAAGUAAAAUCAGUCUUGAUCCUUUCAACCCCUUCCCUCCUUACAUGAAUGGAGACGCUUGUCUCACUACUUGACCCUUGGAGUCUCUAAACAUAUCGAGAAGAUGACCAAAGAUUUACAAGAUUGUUGUGUACAGAAGAACUAAUAUAGUGGCAACCUGUAGAUAAGAGUAAACGUGGCAUUUCCUUUAGGUAGCUUUUCCAAUAUGUAGGCUUAUAGAUAACAGAGGCAUUUUAUUUAUUCAGUGUAGCUCUUCCUCGUAAAGUUUCCUGUUACGCAUUUGAUGUACAAUAUCGCUUGUUUCUAUAUGAUUUGUAUCCACACGGUUCUGUGUUUUUUGAAAUUUC